AUGUCGUCCGCCGCACAGGCGAUCCAGAGCCCCAAGGCCGCGGUCGACUCGCUCGCCGCCAUCCUGGGCCGCGCGCUCCCGGAGUCUCUCGCCGCGGCCGGCGACCCCGCGGCCGCGCUCCUCCACGACGACGGCGUCGCCCGCGCCGUCACGGGGCGCCUCCGCGGCGCGGGCUCGGGGGCCGGCCAGGACGCCCUCUGCGGCUGGCUCUACGGCACCUUCCAGUCCGGCCUCCCCGCGCUCCAGCUCGCGGUGCUGCGCUUCGUGCCGACCCUCGCGGGCGUGUACAUGUCCCGCGCCGUCUCCCGCAAGCCGCUCGCCGGGUUCGAGGCCGUGCUCCUCACGCUGUACGCGCACGCCGUGGCGCAGCGGGGGUCCGGGGAGGCCGAGACAGUGACGCUGCCCAACAUGGCCAAGCCCAGCGUGUACCACGAGGCGAUCAAGCCUGCGGCCGCGGCGCCGGCGGCCAAGACGGGCAAGGCCGACGACCCCGACGUCGCCGAGCUCUCCCCCGCGCUGGAGCCGCACGGCAGCAUUCGCGCCACGCGCCGCGGCCGCAUCGUCGGCGCGGUGCUGGAGCUCUACCACGCCAAGAUCGGGCUCAUGCCGCUCUCCUCCAAGAUGGACUUCUGCGAGUUCUGCGUCGCGUGGACGGGGAAGCACCGCAGCGACGACAAGGCCCGGAUCGCCUCCGCCGAGAGCGGCGAGGAGAAGUGGCGGAGGGUGCCUAUGCCGUGGGAGCUGUUCCAGCCGGCGCUGCGGAUCGUGGGGCAUUGCCUGCUGGGCCCGACCAACUCCGACCAGCUGAGGACGCAGGCCGCCCGGGCGUCGCAGUGCCUCUACCUGAGGGCCAUGGAGACCAUGGACGCGCGCGCCGUGCUGGCCUGCAGGAGCCUCGUCAGGCUGUCGCAGAUGGUGGAGGAGCCGAUCCCGGAGCCGUCCUUCGCCGGCGUCGAGGCCAACAUGGCAGAGCUGGAGACCAUGAGGGCCAACAUCCUUAGCGGCAAGAAGUAACCGAUCGAUCAACACUUGACGAGCAGCAAGCAAGUUGAUUCGUUACUGAUCAGGGUGUGUAAUUCAGGCAUUGCAGACAAGGCUGUUGAUGUAUAGCAUUUUUGUAAUCUUUUUCAUUUUGUUAAUCAGACAUUCUCAUUUUGCUA